AUGUCUACAUGCAAAUGUAACAAUGGCUGGACCGGAUUAUUUUGCAACGAGAGAUGCAGAAAGAAAUGUGGAUCCCAUGGAAAAUGUUCACUGUUUGCAAACAUGAGAGAAAGAAGAGAAUUCUGUAAAUGUGACAAUGGUUUUAGUGGAGAAUAUUGUGAUAAAACUGUUGACGCAGUUAAUGUUCUUUCACAGCAAGAAUCAAUGUCUUUUAGACAAAUAAGUGGUGUAGUAUAUCGUCAACAUGAGGAAAACAACACAGUUUAUGACGACAAAGUUUGUUUCCCUGGCUUUGUUUGUUCCCAUGGAAUCUGUAGAAAAAAACAUAAUAAUGAAGGAUCCUUAACUGUUCACUGCCAAUGUGACCAAGACUGGAUUGGAACUUUUUGUCACGUUCGAUGUAGUCGUAAAUGUAAAAAUGGUGGACGGUGCUACAAAGAACGUCUUGAUGGAAACGAAUUUUGUAUUUGUCCGUUUAAUUAUAGAGGUCGUUUUUGUGAAAUACGAAAGUCAGACUCUAGAGCGUUCAGAAUUAAAGGAUGA